AUGUCAAAAGAGGUAGAACAUAAGGAUAGUGAAAAAAAUUAUUCAUCUGCUGAUUUAAAUAAAAAAAUCUUAGACGGAACUUUUCUUUAUCCAACUCAAUCACACAGCAGAGCUUUCUGGCAGAUACUUUUUGACGGUAAGGACUGGGAAGAUGGAAAAGGCAAAAUGAUAUCCAACAUUGAAUAUUUGAAAAGUAAGCUGAAUGCGAAUGAAAGGAAUGAAUUUGACCAAUAUAUUAAAGUUUCUAAUGAGAACGUUUCUAAUUCGAGUGUAAGGAGUGUUUACUUCAUUUAUAAAGUUGCUUCACCGGAUUUAGUAGGAAAAAUAAGAAGAAAAAAAUAUUUUGAUGAAGAUCAAGCCAAGGCUAGAUGGAAAGGAAGUUUAGAUGAAUCUUUUUACGAGUUUUGUAGUUAUCAGGCUCAAGAGCAACAAGCCCAAAUCCAAGUUCCACCUAAGUAA